UUUGUGCCUGGGGCGUGGCUGGCGGGGCAGGUCUACGACGUGGUGACCCUGCAGCCCAUGGGGGCCUUUGUCAUCGAUGUGAACAACUGGCGCAUGGGUACUGGGAGCUGCAUCCUUUGUGACAAUGAACUACUGAAUGGCGUGCUGCCUGUGUCAGUCGAGGACUGGCGCACACCGGGCUCUUGCCAGCGUUCGCUCUCCAGUCGGCUUUACCAAUCGGCAGCCAAGUUGUCAGAGUCCGCCACCUCCUCCAUCCAAGAACGACUGGCGUGCGGACAUUCCAGUGGUAACGCUCAAAGUUGGUGCCCAGAUGGUGCUGGCUGGAUCCCAAUCCAAGAUGGUGGAGUUUGUCUCCCAACCAGUUCUGUCAGUCACGACAAGGACCCCUACCAGAAGCUGGUGGCGACCUACGGUACCCACUACCUCACGGCAGUGGAGCUGUGUGGGCGUUAUAAGGAUGUGACGGCUAUUCGGACGUGCGAGGCAGCAUUCGAGGGCUACACCGCCGUGGAGGUGAAGGACUGCCUCUCGCAGAGCUACAAGCGAUGCCAGGAGGAGGCGAGGUCCAUGAAACUCCACAAGAACUUCCAGCAGGCCUUCAGUGACCGGGAGACGGAGGUGACAGGGGGCCAUGCCAGCCAGGGCGUCGACCCGUUCUUCUCUGGGGACAAAUCGGCCUUCACCCGCUGGACGGACAGCCUGCUCACCUCCCCGGGCCUUGUACACUACGCCCUAGCGCCACUCCACCACCUGCUGCCCGCUGGCGACCCCAGGCAGAAGAACGUGCGGCGCUACUUUGGCGAAUACAUCAUGGGCAAAGCCCUCUCCCAGAAAUGUGUGUCAAGGAGGGCCAGGAACUUUGGGGGGGACUACUUCGAGAGCACCGACGGCUACGUGGUGAUCAAGUAUGGCGAGGCGCAGACCAGGACAGCUGUGAUCUCAGGCAACAAUUACCCCAAGUGGAACGCCAGGCUGGACCUGGGUGAGGUCAAGGCCGAGAGCGGGCACAAGCUGACGUUCGAAGUCUGGGAUAAUGACAGUCCAAAAAGCGAUGAACUCCUGGGCAAGUGGCAGGUCAGACUGACCUCCGGCACCCACAGCGAGGUCUGCUUCCUCAACUAUGGCCAAGUGACCUCCGACUACACCUUCACCUGCGGCCUGCACCUGGGUGGUGCCAACCUGCCAGGAUUACAGGCCCGGCCCUGGCAGUGUCCCCUUCACCACUGCCCUGGGUUGAAACAACCGCACCUUCCUUCUCAACACACGCUGGCCCACCAACUGCUCCAAAUCGCCAUAAACACUUAAUCUAAUUUCCCUGACCUUUACCUCUGACAGUGUCUUUACCGGACAGUAUCCCCGCUAUCACCAUUGC